AUGCCACCCGAAAUUUUUGGUUACGAUUCAAGUGAUCAAUCUGAAUUCACAGAUAAAAAUUCUAUUGAUGUUAAUUUUAAUGAAGAAAAAAAUCCAAUUCCUUUAGUUUUAGUCGAAGGGUUUAUGGGCCCAGGCAAACCUUCUUAUUGGGGUCCAUUACAAUCAUUUUUUUCAAAUUCUUGUGAAGAUCGACUUUAUAAUAAUGUUAGUGUAGACAAGAAGGAAAGGAAAUCAUUUAGCAAGACUAGACUUUGUAUUUUCGUAACACCGGGUUGUGGAAGUUCUUUAUAUGAUAGAGCUGUUGAGAUUUUUUAUCAAAUUAAAGGUGGAAGAGUCGAUUAUGGAAAGGAGCAUGCUCUAAAAUAUGGACAUUCGCGUUAUGGUCGUGAAUACCCUGGAUUAUAUCCGGAAUGGAGUGUUUCUAAACCUCUCCAUUUUCUUGGUCAUUCAUUGGGUGGAGUAACUAUUUGGAAACUUCAACAAUUACUCGCGAGUGAUUUUUUCCCAGCACAUUUUGAACCUCAUCCUGAUAUGAUUCGAUCUCUUACAGCUGCUUCAGCUCCAUUCAAAGGAAGUCAAGGUGUUUACAUACUAGGCAGAUGUACAAAGGACAUAAGAUCAGUCCGUCCAUUUAGUUUUGGUGCUUGGCUUGGUAGAUUGGUUCAUAUUUAUGAAUAUUUUGAUAUAAAAUGGUUAAAAAAUUUGACUUAUGAUUUCAAUUGUGAUCAUUGGAAUUUAAGUUUUAAAAAAAAUUUAAAAUCAAUGUGGGAUGAAUAUAUUUCAGGUGAUUCUAAAUGCCAAAAAUUGGAGAAAGAAAAAACUUAUGGUCUAUUUCAAUGUUUAAUCAAAAGUCCUUGGGUUUCUUGUGAAGAUAACGCACCUUAUGAUAUGACAAUUCAUGCAAUGAAUGAUUUAAAUAAGAAUAGUCGUACCUUUAAAAAUACAUUUUAUAGAACUUAUGCCACUUCUAUCACUCACCAAGAUCCACAUACAAAAUUUCAUCGACCUCAAUUUUCGUUCAUGAUUCCGCUUCCAGUUUACCUUCUAUCUUGCCAAAUGGGUAAAUAUAAAUUUCCACCUGGUACCAAAGAAUUUCCUAUAGAUCCAGAAAAAGAAUUACCGAAUUGGUACGAAAAUGAUGAACAAGAAUUAUUUUUCAAAGGAUAUAAAGAGUAUUUAGAUUGUUUGGAUAGAAUCGAAGUUGAUAAAAUAGUUAGAAAAUGA